AAACAAAAAUAAAAAAUAAAAAAUCAUAAACAAAUUAAUAAUUAGGUGCGAAAGAAAACGUGAAUUAGAGAAGAAAAAAAAAAUCUCACCAUCGCAAAACCCAACCCAGAAAUUUCUUCAAAAUCCGAAGCUAUGUGUUGUGGCCAACAUCCCUUCUUUCCAAGAGACGCCGGCACCGAUCAAUCUCCGUCGGCGCUCGAAAACCUCCGCGUCCGCCUCGCCGACACCGAAGCUCGCCUCGCACGCGCCAGAGCGCGUGAAGCCCAGCUCACGCUCCGUCUUCACGAGAUGAAGCGCUUCCUAUCUGUUAUGGAAAUUCUUGAAGGCUAUCUCAAACGCCGGUACCGUCUUCAACAACAACGUCUCGCUCGCCUCCUUUCUGUUCCGCCUACUGUAUAACCGUCACCGUCACCGUCACCGGGAAACCUGUCUAUAUGAUGUUGUUACAUAAUUGUGGAUGUUUGUUGUAAAAUUUGGGAUGCUUUAGUCUUUAAUUUUAGCGGAUUUGUGGAAAUUCGUUCGGAUUCGUUGUUGUUAGGGUUUAUUGUUUAGGUUCAAGAAUUGGUGUUGUUUUUAUAGAUUUUGUGAAUUUGAUUGAUGAUAUAAGAUGGAAAUUGUUACUUUGUUGUU